UCCAGUCAAUUAUUCGUCUUCCAACGUAUCUGGCUCUCCUCGCAUGCUUCUUUUCCAGUCAAUUACUCUUUCUCUACUUUAUAUAUCUCCGUCUCUCCACUCCUUACGCUCUCAUACCUCUCUCUAAUGGAAGCCAUGGAGGAAGUGGUGAUUAUCGGAGCAGGAAUUUCAGGACUGGCUACCGCCCUCGGUCUGCACAGAAAGGGGAUUAGAAGCGUGAUCCUGGAAUCAUCCGAGUCGCUGAGAGCAUCGGGCUUCGCUCUCACUUUAUGGGACAACGCAUGGAGAGCCCUCGAUGCCCUAGGUGUCGCCAACUCCCUGCGCCAAAAUCACCUCUCCCUCCAACGAAUCGUUGUAAACUCUGCGGAUUCUGGAGCCAUGACCGCUCAGAUCCCUUUUUCUGCUGCGGGCAAGCGAGGAGAGCGUGAAGUGCGUUGCUUGAGGAGAAGCUUUCUGCUUGAGGCUUUGGCAAAAGAACUGCCUCCAGGGACGAUAAGGUACUCUUCCAGAGUGGUUGGAAUAGAGGAGGAUGGUUACUUGAUGCUCUUACACUUAGCUGAUGGGUCGACUCUCAAAACUAAGAUCUUGCUGGGGUGUGAUGGAGUGAACUCAGUAGUAUCAAAAUGGCUUGGACUUAGCAAACCAUACUUCUCUGGUCGUUCAGCCACAAGAGGCUUUGCAGUGUUUCCUCAAGGGUAUGGCUUCAAGCAUGAAAUGUUGCAGUUUUUUGGAGAAGGCUUUAGGUUUGGGCUUUUGACCUGUGAUGAAAAGUGCAUUUAUUGGUUCUUUACCUGGACUCCCACUAAUCAAGACAAAGAAGCUGAAGAAAAUGCAAGCAUAAUGAAGGAGUUAAUUCUAAGUAAAAUGCGCAAAACAAAGUUGCCUGAGGAAAUCAUUGCAGUCAUAGAGAAAAGUGAAAUAAGCGAACCAGUCUCCUCUCCACUGAGAUACAGAUGGCCUUUUGAUCUACUUACUGGAAAUAUCAGCAAAGGCAAUGUUUCUGUUGCUGGAGAUGCACUUCACCCAAUGACCCCUGAUAUUGGCCAAGGAGGAUGCUCUGCACUUGAAGAUGCCAUUGUUCUUGCUCGAAGCUUAGGCGAAGCUCUUCUUGCAGGAAAACAUUGUAAAACUGAGGAAGAAGAGUAUGGGAUCAUUGAGAAGAGCCUGGGGAAAUAUGCUAGGAUGAGGAGAUGGAGGAGUUUUGAUCUCAUUGCUACUGCAUAUCUUGUGGGUUUUAUACAGCAGAAUGAAGGAGUAGUCAUUAGAUUUUUGAGGGACAAGUGCUUGUCUGGGAUUUUGUCAUGGAUCAUGCUUAAGAAAGUUGAGUUUGAUUGCGGCAGGAUUUGAAUGCUCUUUGUGCUCCUUCGAGUUUGGUCUUGCUACCUUUGCAGGUUUGUUUAGAUCUAGUACUUGAGCUUUGAUAUUUACUUGUAUAACAUGCAAAUAUUUGACAUCACAUUGAAAAUAGCUUUUUUUUUCCCCUAGAGUAAAGUUCUACAUUUCAUGUGAAUAUGUUAAUGUGAUUGGGAGACAAAAAUGUUAUAUGAGUAAAUAUCAAAAUUUAGAUAUUACA